AUAUAUAUAUAUAUAUAUAUAUAUAAAAGUGAUAUAUAUAUUUUUCUUCUUCAUUUGUUUAUGUCUGGACUGGAAUGAGGCGCCGGGGUUGUGUUGGUGGAGCGGCAGAGUGGGAGGCUCCCCCAGAAUGAGACGGAGGAAGGAGGGCUGCAGUGAGCUGCUGAAAAUGUGCCAGCUCCACCAGCUAUGAAGGAUUCUCUUAAUUUUCGCCUUUUCCUUCUUUUCACUCCCCAGGACUGAUUCCCCCUUUUCUUUUUUUACCCCCCUCUCUACGACAUGUACUAUUUUAUUUGGAGUUCCUACUGAAGGUUUGCGCCAACCCAGUGCGUCAUGGUCUCCGUUUUGACACCAAAUAUAGCUGGUGCGCCUUUUUUCCCGUGUGCGUGAACGUGUGUGCAUGUGUCUGUGUGUGUAUGAGCGCUCCUGCUUCCUUUUUCUUCCCCUCUCCAGUCUUGUGGGAAUCCGCUCCCUCCCCCCGUUUUUGCGCCCGAUGCUCAGGCUGCGAAGUUCAACACUGAAUCCAUAUUUUUGACUGUAAACAUGCUGAGCGGCGUCCUGUUCCUGAGCGUCCUCACCGUCACCAGCCUGACACUGUCCGAAACACAAAGCCGCAAAACUUCAGCCCUCAAAGACAUCUGCAAGACGCGUUGCGACUGUGAGGAGCGGGAGAACGUUCUUAACAUCAACUGUGAGAAUAAGGGAUUUACCACUGUCAGCCAGUUGCAGGCGCCUCCGAAUAAAGUCUCACAGCUUUUUCUGAACGCAAACUUCCUGUCAAGGCUCAGUGCCAAUGAGUUUGUCAGUUAUGGCAAUGUCACCUCUCUACAUCUGGGAAAUAAUGGCUUACAGGAGAUUCAAACGGGGGCUUUCAAUGGUCUCCGGUUCCUCAAGCGGCUCCACCUGAACAACAACAACCUGGAAGUGAUUAAAGAGGACACGUUUGCAGGACUGGAGAGUUUGGAAUAUUUACAGGCAGACUAUAAUUACAUCAGCACUAUAGAGCCUGGUGCUUUCAGCAAGCUGAACAAGCUCAAAGUGCUGAUCCUCAAUGACAACCUGCUGUUGGCUCUGCCUCCCAACAUCUUCCGUUUUGUGCUGCUCACCCAUCUGGAUUUACGUGGCAAUCGGCUGAAGAUGCUGCCAUUUGCUGGCGUGCUGGAGCACAUCGGCGGCAUCAUGGAGAUCCAGCUGGAGGAGAACCCAUGGAACUGCACCUGCGACCUGAUCCCCCUCAAGUCCUGGCUGGACACCAUCUCCGUCUUCGUGGGGGACAUUGUGUGUGAGACGCCGUUCCGGCUGCACGGGAAGGACAUCACUCAGCUCAUAAAGCAGGACUUGUGUCCUCGCAGGAAUGCUGGGGAACGGGCUCAGUCCGCCUCCGACUCUCACUUCCAAGGGGCCCCACACCCGACCUACCACGCAGGUGUCAUCACCCCCACUCGCUCUCCAAAAGCGUCCCGGCCCCCAAAGAUGCGCUACAGACCCACUCCUCGCCUCUCCAAAGACAAGCAUGUCUUUGGACCCAUAAUGGUGUACCAAACUCGCUCUCCUGUCCCCAUGCUGUGUCCCAGCGUGUGUGUUUGUACGUCGCAAAACCCCGACAGCGGCCUGAACAUCAACUGUCAAGAACGGAAACUGCAGAACAUCAGCGAACUGAACCCCAAACCCACAUACCCCAGGAAGCUCCACCUCACAGGGAAUUACCUGCAGAUGAUCUACAGAACGGAUCUGACGGAAUACAGCUCCCUGGAGCUGCUCCAUCUGGGGAAUAACAGGAUUGCAGUGAUUCAGGAAGGCGCAUUUGAGAACUUGACAAAUCUCAGGCGCCUCUACCUUAAUGGGAAUUACAUUGAGUCGCUCUCUCAGUCCCUGUUUGCUGGUCUGCAGUCUCUGCAGUACCUGUAUCUGGAAUACAACAUCAUAAAAGAGAUUCUACCACAGACAUUCAACUCUCUGCACAACCUCCAGCUGCUUUUCCUCAACAAUAAUCUGCUAAGAUCACUUCCUGACAAUGUUUUUGGGGGAACCAUGCUGACCCGACUCAACCUGAGGAACAAUCAUUUCUCCUACCUCCCGGUUCAAGGCGUUCUGGACCAGCUGUCGGCGUUCAUCCAGAUCGAUCUGCAGGAGAACCCCUGGGACUGCACCUGCAACAUUGUGGCGUUGAAGAACUGGAUGGAGCUGUCCAGUACAAGCGUGGUGGUCAACGAAAUCACCUGUGAUUCGCCCUCGAAGCACGCUGGUCGGCUGCUUCGCUCGCUCCGCAACGAGGCUAUUUGCCCUGAGCCCAGCGAGCCCCCUCCGCCGCAGCUGCCCCCUCCUACAAAAGCCCCGACGGUAAUUAGCCCCAGCACCGAAGCCACCGCCUCUCCGUCCCCUUCCCCUUCCCCUUUGUUCAGCUCGGCGAGCCCAACGGAUUCCCACCUCCAGACACCAGAGUUGCACCCCGAGGUGCCCCUUUCUGUCCUGAUUCUGGGCCUCCUCGUGGUCUUCAUCUUGUCGGUCUGCUUCGGGGCAGGCCUUUUUGUUUUUGUCCUGAAGCGACGCAAAGGGGUGGAGCACGUCCCCACGGGCGCCAACAAUCUAGACCUUAACUCUUUCCAAGUGCAGUACGGCUCCUACACCCCGGAGCCAACGCACGACAAGAGCUCCGAGAGUCACGUUUAUAACUACAUCCCCCCGCCUGUUGGCUCCAUGUGCCAAAACCCCAUUUACAUGCAGAAGGACGGCGAGCAGGUGACUUACUAUCGAAACCUGAAGGAGCUCAGCUUCGGGCCGCUGGACGCAAAGAAGGACGACAUCUUGACCCGCAGCCCAGGGACCUACACCAUCAGCACGGUGGAUUUUAUGGAUAAAUCAUCAACAUGUGGUCUGAGCAGCCCAGAGCCUCCAGAGAUGCUCUACCAGAACAUCGGGGAGAGGCCAAACAAGGAGCUCCCGACGGCAGCAGGCGCCCCUCCCUUCACCUACAACUUUUGCACGCUGCCUAAAAGACCCUGCAUCGUGCCGCCCUAUGAGGCGGCAGCGGCCCGGCGCCACCUGACCAACCCGGACAGGUUGAACAAAGCCGUGCUGUACGGCACUCCGAGGAAAUACUUCGGGCAGGAGCACAUCUCCAAAAACAAUGAGCACCCUUCGCUGCUGCUCCCCGGGAAGCUAAAAACGGAACCGGACUACCUGGAGGUUCUGGAGAAACAGACCGCCAUGAGCCAACUGUAAGAUAGCAACGGCGUUCUCCUCCAGCACCCAUCAUAAUCACACGGUUACCAUCAUUAAUAGCCCUCUCUAUAUAUCUACCUUAUGUAUUAGUGUUCAAUCCCAACGUGAUGGACGGGAGGUGAACUCGCGCUCUUCGUUGUCUCUUUUCUCUUUUGCUUUUCUUCUCCUUUUUGUUUUCUUUUCAAAAUGUAUAAAAGGAAUAUAAGAAGUAUAUUAUUAUGCAGUUCUAUUUUUCCUUCUGAAAAAAUAUAAAUUAUUUCGUUUUAUUUCUUUAAAAAAAAGAGAGAAAUAUUCCAAAAGACUUGGAUAACGGCAGGUAUGGAAAGGACAGAACUGUGUACAAUUACAGCCUUUUGCUUUUGGUGAUUUGCUAGAGAGGGAGGUUGAGAGAGAGAGGGCAUAGCCAAGUCCUGAACGUUUGCAGGAGGGACGCUACUGAUUGACAUUCCUGUACAUAUGUAGCCUACGCAGACGAAUGGCGAGCGUUCAGACGACAAGGAAAAAGCUUUCUCGAAAACCCAACAAGCGGCAAAUCUUACUAUAAUCCAGAAAGUGCCUUUGCACUCAUCGAUUUUAUCAACAAUGCUCUCUGCAAAAUGAAAAUGUUCCUCUUUUGUUUUUUUUUGAAAGUGGUGUAUUUUAAUGAAUCAAACCUUUAUGUAUAAUAGCAGAUUUAUUUGUCCGUUUAAAACAAAAAUGAAAGAGAGAGGGAAAAAAAAGACUUCCAAAGGAACUGAGGCGGGGUGUGAGAGGAGAUCUGAUUGGUUCUUGAUGAAGGGAGAGGGUGUUAUUUUUGCUUUGGUUAUGAAGUGUCUUUGGAAAUGUACCACUGACAGAGAACAUUGUAUGCUGUAGAGGAGCAAUACAGUGCGGCAAGAUUGCGCCAUUAAAUUUUCACUGAAGCACUUUGUCAAGACCCCGA